UUCACCUUGUUUAGUCACUCAAUGCAACCCGAUGGUUACACAGUACCCCGCCGCUGUGUCAUGGUCUCAUUCGGCGUCUUAAGUUGCACCAUAUUCCACUUCACCAGUUUCGUGCUCGGUUGGGAUUUAUCUUCUUUGGGCAUUCAGAACUUCACCAUCAAGCAUGUGUCGUUGUACAAAUCGCGAGCUUUCAUCACAAUUGAAGACUCCAACGUUAGUCUGGUAGAGGCGUCUUGGCCAGAGAAUAAACUGAGUACUCGACCACGCGUAUUAUGUGAAAACGAUCGUCCCGGGCGGCACGAGUGUUGUGACCAUUUAAACCAUGUGAUUUGCACGGAUGUUGAUGCGGGUGCACGGUUGUGGAUCUUGGAUCGUGGUGACGAUGAAGGCUUUUGCAGCCCAAAAAUAGUGAUUCGCAGUUUGAUCUUGGUUCCGAAUAAAGAGAUAAUGUAUCAGUUUAGCACCUCGAGCAACGCGUUCCACUCUAUAGUAGUCGAUCCAAUCAAAGCAUCAGAUGGAGAUACUCGCGCGUUUGUCACUAUGGUAGACACUGACUAUAUUCUUAUAUUUUCUUUGUUCAAACAGACCUUCGGGAAACUUAAAUUUGAAAGAAAGGAUUUAUCGCCAAUCAGUCCAAUUUCACUCUCAGAGGUUGCCAUCAACCAGAAUCAUUUGUACAUCUCGGAUAGCCUGAGUGGUCGUUUGUUCCUACUUCCUGUGAAAACUAUUCGUCAGCUGUCGUUCCCCGAAUGCGGAGUACAAAAAAUGAUACUGAAAACUAGCGUGACGUACCUGGGCCGGUUGUUGGGUCGCGCCAAAGGAUUAAAGUUGGAUCUAUGGGACAACCUGUACUACAUCAUACCACGAGAUGGCGCGGUCGUUAAAUGGAAACCAGGUCAUACAUUGAGAGCGGAGAACCAUUCGGUGAUUUACCAGCGGGAAAUCAACGUGACUCAGAUCAUUUUGGGCGUGGGCAACAAGGCAUGGGUCAUUGCCAGUGAAUUUAAUUCCGAUGAAAGCAAGCGACACUGUUUGCGUAUUAGUAAAUGAUAUAUAAUCGGUUUGUUUUAUUGCUUAUUUCUUUCGAUCUUGUAUCACAGUUCUUGAUUAUUCAUGUAAAAAACUGUUGUCUUAUCGAUAUUCGACACGUUGUAUGAUUAAAGGAUCACUCCAAAGUAAACUGAAUGAUCCCAACAGGAUCAAUAUAA